AUGGAUGGAUCCGCUAUAAACCCCAAUGAAAUCAAUCGCUACGAAGUCACAGAAGUCUAUGCCCAUCCUGAAGCUGAAGCAGAUAUUGUACUGGUUCAUGGUUUGAACGGUCACCCCCAACAUACGUGGACUGCGAAGAAUGGCAUAUUCUGGCCCACUGCUCUCCUGCCAGUUACCUUCAGUUCAAAAGAUCCGACCAAAUCUGCCAAGGUCCGAAUACUCGUAUAUGGAUACAAUGCGGAUGUUGUAGCUUUUGGAGAGAAAUCGGCUUCUCAUGACCGAAUUCAUGAACACGCACAGAGUUUGGUUUCGAGCUUGGCCCUAGAGAGAAAAAGUGAAGAGGCCGAUGAAAACCCAAUUAUUUGGGUCGCACAUAGUUUGGGUGGUAUCUUGGUAAAACGAGCAUUAGAAAUUUCCCACGACUAUCAAGGCAAGAGCAAUAACGAAAUUCGUUCCAUCGCCGUCUCAACUUUUGGAAUCAUAUUUCUGGGUACUCCACAUACGGGUGCUGAUCCGGCAAAAUGGGGUUUGAUAUUUCAGGGAAUGGUAUCAGCUUUGAUGCCAAAGAAGGCUUUGGACUCGGAAUCAAUCCUCAUCCAAACUUUAACGACAAACAAUGAGACACUUGCGAAUAUCAACCUCCACUUUCUCGACAUUUAUCAACGCUUCAAGAUUUGCAUGGCUCAUGAGAGUUUAAAGACGGACUUCAAAGGAACAAAAGCUUUCGUCGUUGAUCAAACUUCUGCCAGCCCUCUACUUCCAGAUGUCUCUUACUUUGGUAUCGAGGCUACACAUAGCGGCAUAUGCAAAUAUGAAAGCAAAAGAGCACCAGGCUACAUGAAUGUUUCCACGAAACUCAAGACAUGGGCCUUGGAGGCUUCUCCAGUAGUUCGCGCUCGUUGGAGGGAGGAAAAGAAGAAGCGAAUUGAGGAAAGAGAAGCGCAAAUCAGAGAACUCAGAGGUCAAUUCGAAGAUCCCAAUUCAGCACCGGAAAUUCCACAACAACCCAAGGAUUUAUCGAAUUCAGUUCAAACCGUUGUAACCUUUGAGCCCGAUGUUACAGACGAUAGUGCAGAAUAUUUCAUCAAGCCACCUGGCUUUCGUCCCAAUUCAAUCUUUGUGGGUCGAGAGCAAAAGUUGAUUGAGAUGCAUAAGAUGCUUUUUGAUGAAACUAGACGAUCUCAAGGUUCAUCUGCAGUUUUGAUUCAAAGUAUGCCUGGCUGUGGUAAGACUCAUUUGGCUCGACAAUACGUGUUUGAACACAAGCACGAAUUCCCUGGUGGAGUAUUCUGGAUUCGAGCAAAAACCGAACAGGAAAUCACUGCUGGCUUUUGGCAAAUCGCGAAGAAAGCAGCGUUAAAACCUUCCAUGGUUAAUGAAGAUCCAAAGGUUCUCGACAAUCCCGAUCAAUUUAUUAAAUUAGUCAAAAAGUGGCUGAAUCAUAGACAUCAUUGGUUAUUGAUACUCGACGGUAUUCACUUUGACGACACCCUGCGAAGAUUCAUUCCUGACAGCACCGACACUAGUAUCAUCUAUACUUCAACAGAGAAGUCAGUCAUUGGUGAUCACCAUUUCAUGAACCCACAGAUUUUGAAGUUAUCACCACUGUCUGCGAGAGAAGCACAACAUCUUUUGUUACGUGAACUCGACAAGAAGGAACCAUUCCUUCAAGAUGAUCUCAAACAUUCGAUGGAAUUGGUCCAGGCAAUGCAAUUCUUACCUGUGGUCAUUCAUGUUGUUGCUCAACGAUUGAAAGCUACGGAUGAGCCACUUGCCAGAUAUGCUAGGUCUUAUGCAUCGGGGCCAAAAGGAUUAAGAGAGCUCCAAGCUUUUACCUCUGUGGUUGAGCAAUUGGAGAAGCUUGGGGCUUAUGAGACUCUCAACUUGAUACAUAUUUUGUGCUUUUUCAGUCAACAUGUUCCGGUUGAGAUGAUUGCAUUAGGUUUAGAUGCACUCGAUGUUCCAAUUAGGGCCAGCGAGCCUAUUACAGGAAGAUCUCUGAACAAUACAUUCAAAGUAUUGAACAAGUUCGCUUUGAUAGACCGAACCGAACGCGAAGAGCCUCUUAGUUCAUCCCAAACAUCAAAGGGGAGUAGAGAUUUGUUACCGGAUGAUAUCGAUGUUAUCACGUUGCAUAGUGUCGUUCAAGGAUUUUUUGUGGAUACCUUACAUGCGAAAGGAAAAUUACCCAUGUGGCUUGACCGAGCUAUUGGAGUUUUUUGUCAUUCAUUUGAACAAGCCAAUGAUCGAAUUACACAGAAAACACACACAGGACUUGUUGAAGAUUAUAGACUUUAUGAGAUUCACGGCAUCAAGCUUCAGCAACAUCUCGAAAGACACAAGAAGGAAUACAUCAAACGACACAAGAAAGAAAUGCUGGAUCCUGAAGCUACACAUAUCAUUCUGGAAGAUGUUUUGAGUACUAUUCGAAGCGAAAUCCAACGACGAACUCCGGAGUCUUCACACUUUAUUGCUGGUGGCCGACCUGAAGCAUCUCAAACUUCGAUCUUUGAUCGUACUAGCAGCUCUUCUGAUACUGGCGCAGAUCCAGAAACACCCGCGGAUAAGUUCAUUGAAGGUACUCCUUGGGCUCUUGGGCCCCAUACUGAAUCUCCUCAGCGUCUGGUUCAUAAUCCGGAUUUCCUCCGACAAGUUGAGAACAUAAAGCAUAUGCGAUUUCCUCCUCAGCUUCCCAAGGAAGAUACUGGAUAUGAUAGUGAUCGGGAAGGUUCUAAUAUGACACUUCAACCAUUAAAGCCUACGAUUUCUCAAGCUAAUUCACCUGAAACUCCUGGAGGUCCAUGGGAAUUGGUCAAGCCUCGACGUCCAAGGGUCACACAACCAAAACUUGAUCUUCAUCGAACUAUUAGAGCUCAGGAAUCAAGAAAAUUUCGAAGCCGUGCUAGUUCUUUCCGUUCUUUAACUCCAAGUUAUACAGAUCCACGUGUGAGCAGUGUUACUGCACAUGGUGAAUUACAACAACCUGAUAAUCGACCACAAUCUCGUAGUAGAUUAUCUGGUCAAUCCAAUGCCAGAGUAGCACUUGCACAUAUUAGCAAAAACAGUCCACCACCAACUCGAGGAGGUGGUCCAAUUCAGGAUCGAGGAACAUCUGGUGAUAAAUUAACAGAGUCCAAUCUCAUCACAGCCACUCCGACUUACGCUUCGGCUGUUGCUGGUUCAACGAGAGAUACAGCCUCUCGACAUGGUACGGAGGAAAAUUUUAGUGAUACAACUUCAAACCUUGGAUUUCCUGAGCCAGCAACAGCCACUGCUGCUCUAAAACGUAUUCCGCAUGAAGUGGAAGUUCCAUCGCCACAGCCACGCACGCCUUAUACUCCCAUGCCACCAUAUCCUCGUACACCGGAUUUAUACUAUCAGCAACCUUAUCCUGCUUCUGAUAAUGAUUUGUAUAAUAUGCCGAAUGUCAAUGGCAAUCAUAAUAACCUUCAACCAAUACCGGAUCCUUUCAACAAUAUUUAUCCGAUCAUGACAGGUCCGGUCCCGAUUACAAGAUCUACUGUACCUUACGCAUCAUUGUCACCACCACUAAAACGAGAUCUUCCUCAUGAUUAUCAAAGCUGGGACUCACAAUCUUAUCCAAGCUCUUUGAAUGGCUCGCUACAUAUCCCGACUUCUCAUCAAGCCAACCUCCAAAACCCUAAUCAGCUCAAUCUUCCCACUCACUUCCAAUCAAUUUCCUCACCUAAUCUUCUCCCUUCUCAAUAUCGUCCUAACUCCUCAACUUAUUACCCAGGACACCCCGAAUUCUCUCACUCUGACACCAUCGGCUCAACAACCCCACGUACCACACCCCAAGAAUCACUAUACACAUCUCAACCCCUCUCCCGAGACCCAUCAGGCCAAUCAACCCACUCAACAAGAUCUCUUCAUCCCGCUUCAGCUCGUCCCCGCUCAACAUCUACCUCAGCAUCUCUUCCUCGACGAACUUCACUUGCAGACACAGAACCUAUUCCUCAACUACCUUUUUCCUCAAGAAUAGGAAAUACAUUGCCAAUGUCUCCGCAGAGAAGUUAUCAGCUUUAUUCUCCUUCGGGGUAUCAUCUAAAUCUUAGUCCGCAGGAUCGAGAGAGAGGUAUGGUGAGGAAGAGUCCGAGAUUGGCUUUUGCGAGGGCGGUGGUUAGGGAUGAUCCUAAUAGGGUUCUAUUUGAGGGUGAUGAGAGAGAGAUGGAAAUUCAGAGACAGGCACAGGUACAGGCACAAGCACAGGCACAAUAUAUUUCUUCGCAAGCGAGGGUACCUAGGACCUUUAAUCCUUUAGCUGAGAAUUUUAGCCCGAGAAUGACAAAUGGGGAAGUUCAAAUGGUAUAUCAAGGUCAAGCUGAGGAUAGAAGAGGAAUGACACGAGAUCUAAGUUUUAUCUAUCCGAGUCCAGAUCUAGGAAGUGGAGAAGGCGGAUUUCACAAUAAUAAUCGAAAUGCAGAUCUAGAAGCCCCAGAAAUGAAAAGAGGUGGGAAGUAA